AUGGCAACAGCAACGUCGGUAUCGCCAACAACUCUCGAUCGCUCCGUCCCGAGAAGACAUCAAUCUCAAUCUCAAUCCCACUCGUACUCCGUCCCCGCAAGGUCGCAAUCAACCAGAUCUAAACCUACAUCCACCGCCGCAUCUGCAUCCACCAGCAGUCCCCUCCGAUCGAACUCGACGCAUUUGCACCAUCGCACAUCGUCGCGUCACGGCGCCGUCGAGGGAGCUCGGUCGGCCGCAAACCAUGAGACUUCGAACGUCGCACAAGUCCAUCGAAGAAGCUCAAGCAAAGAUCGUCCCCCACCGUCGCGGUCAGACUCACAAUCACACCGCAAAAGCGGUUCCAACCACGGCCACGGCCAUCGCCACUCCCACCACCACCGAUAUUCAUCAGACAUGUCGACGGCCGUUGCAAAUGGAGGUGGCCCCGCUCCCGUGGUGACGCCCCACGAGUCGAGGCACUCGGGCAGGUCGGGGAAAUCGCGGACGACCAUUCCAGCGCAAACGGGCAAUUGGGUCCUGGGGAAGACGAUCGGGGCUGGGAGCAUGGGCAAGGUAAAACUGGCCAGGAGAGUGGAAGGGGGUGAGCAGCUUGCGGUCAAGAUCGUGCCUCGAGGAUCUACGGAUGAUAAUCCCAAUCAAAGUCGCGCCGAUAAAGAGAGGGCCGAUCACUCAAAAGAGGUCCGCACAGCCCGUGAGGCCGCCAUUGUGACACUCUUGGAUCAUCCAUAUAUAUGUGGCAUGCGAGAUGUCGUUCGCACAACCUAUCAUUGGUAUAUGCUGUUUGAAUACGUCAAUGGUGGCCAGAUGCUCGACUACAUAAUCUCCCAGGGGCGAUUGAAGGAGAAGAAGGCGAGGAAGUUCAGUAGACAGAUUGCGAGUGCCCUGGAUUAUUGCCAUCGGAACAGCAUCGUGCAUCGGGACCUCAAGAUCGAGAACAUCUUGAUAAGCAAGACGGAAGAUAUCAAAAUCAUUGAUUUCGGUUUGAGUAACCUAUUUUCUCCUCGGGGACAUCUGAAGACAUUUUGCGGCAGUCUAUACUUUGCAGCGCCGGAGUUGUUACAGGCCAAGGCGUAUACGGGGCCUGAGGUCGAUAUAUGGAGUUUUGGGAUUGUGCUUUAUGUUCUAGUUUGUGGCAAGGUACCAUUCGAUGAUCAGAGCAUGCCGGCGCUGCAUGCCAAAAUCAAGAAGGGCCUGGUAGAUUAUCCUAAUUGGCUUUCACCUGAAUGCAAAAAUCUCAUCUCCCGGAUGCUUGUCACCGACCCAAGACAACGCGCAUCUCUACAAGAGAUAAUGAACCAUCCUUGGAUGGUUAAAGGAUUUGGAGGGCCACCAGAGAACUAUCUACCGAAACGCGAGCCGAUCCAAUUACCACUUGAUCCAGCAGUCAUACAAGCUAUGACUGGCUUUGACUUUGGCCCACCAGAAGUGAUAGAGGGUCAAUUGACGGACGUAAUCGAGUCCCAGGAUUACCAAAGAGCCAUCCGAACGGCUGCACAUGAACGUGAAAACCAAGUACCAAUACCGAAAGACCCCGAGAAGAAAAGGGGGUUCGGUUUUGAUUUCUACAAGAGGAGGAGUUCGGCUACUAGUCGUGAUACUCUCACAGCUUCUAGUUCUGAUGCCUUGGCGCUUGGGAGUGACCCAGUCAAUGCUUAUCAUCCGCUUAUUUCUGUCUACUACCUUGUUAGGGAGAAGCAGGAGCGCGAUCGACUAGCAGCAAACCCAGGCGCUACCUCGAUGCCCCGCGUUCCUGGAGAGGCACCUCUCCAAAUACCUGAUCUUCCGGCUCCUAAAGCAGCGCAUACAAACGCAGCUGCAUAUGAGAUGGCAGGCGAAAAGCCAACGGGGGGUCGGUCGCGACCCCGCGCGCGAACUCAUGGAGAGGACGAUGUUACGGAGAGCAUGAAGCACUUGAAGAUAGCAAGCACGAGCGGUGGACCUACAUCCCCAGCUAUCAUUGAACCUCUCCCUGAGCAGACACAUCACCGGAAAGAAAGCACUGCAGCUGGCAUCCUGCGGCGGUUCAGCACUAGGAGGCGCAAAGAGCCCUCCGAUAAGAGCCAUCCCCCGAUGGUUACCGUUCAGACGCCACAUGAACACAGCACUCUGAGGAAGAGUUUUAGUAUGAGACGAAGCCGCGACCGUGAUGAUGGGUCGACUUCGAUGUUCCAUGGGGGAGGCAGCCAGCCUCAGCACAGCGACCUCUUAUCACCACCUAGAUCUGCUGGUCAUAACCCACGAAGUGCCAAGGGACUGGGAAGGUCAACAAGCGUCAACUCAGCGGAAUUUAGGAGAAGAGAGGCUAGACGCGGGGCAUCUGAAGUGCCCCCUCCACCUCGAGUCACAUAUAAGGAGCCACCUCCUACCAGCGGUUCUGAUCAUUCAACAGCGAACGAGAAGGCACUACAUGAACCAGAGCAGAAGAGCACAGGGCACUUAAACCCCAAAAGUGCAACGACGAGAGCCAAGUCACUUGGCCAUGCCCGGAGGGAGAGCAUCCAGGCUCGGCGGGCUCGACGGGACGAAAUUCGGGAGGCGAACGUGCCCGAGGAGACUGACGGUGAAGGAGGAGAUGCAAGUGGCCUCUCCACUGAACGUGUUAAUAGUGCCGAGCAUGUCAAACCUGUAUUCCUGAAAGGCCUCUUUAGCGUUUCGACGACCUCAACCAAGCCAGUUUAUGUCAUUCGUAACGACAUCAUCAGGGUACUCAAGCAGUUGGGCGUGGAGUUCACUGAGAUCCGCGGUGGAUUCAGUUGUCGGCACACACCAUCUAUCGAUCUCAAGAAGGUCGUUGAUCUCCCGCCCAACACCCACUCCACUCAAACGCCAGGCCACCGUCGCCGAAUCAGCUUUGGAGGAUUCAUGGGGGGUGGUAGCAACAGUAUGGACCGCGACCGGGACGAUUUCAGAGACGUUGAUAAACAGCCACUUACUCCGCGAACACCCGGCAGAUCCCGUGGAGAUGCAAGUUACCCUACUUCCGAGGCCUCGGACGAGAGCGUGCAUCGCUCAUCUGCCAGGGUCGUCGGGGAUACCAGCACACAUGUCCAGAGCGAACUUGGCGGAAGCAUGAUCCUGGAAUUCGAGAUAUUUAUUGUCAAGGUCCCAUUACUUUCUCUUCAUGGAAUCCAGUUCAAGAGACUUGCUGGAGGAACAUGGCAGUAUAAGAAUAUGGCAGACCAGGUUUUGAGAGAGCUUAGACUUUGA